AUGUCUCUUCUCUUAAACGAUCCUAUCUCUCCUUUAUACGAUCCGUACUUUGAUACUUUCCCACGCACUAGGACCUUUGAUUGGACUACUCCAGAUAUUUUGUGGAGUCCUACAUCACCUACCUGGGACCAGACGACCUCUCGUACCUGGGAUACUUCACCUACCUGGGAUCAGACGGCUUAUCGUACCUGGGAUAUAUCACCUCGUUCUCGCAGUAGUGUACCGACUUUAGAUCAAUCACAUCAGUCACGAAGCUAUGGAAGUCGUGUUAAGGUUAAUAGUAAAACGGGUGAUGUAGUUUGGAGACCUGCUACCGAUGUAUUUGACACGAACGAAGCUUUCAUCAUUCACAUUGAUCUGCCUGGCGUACCAAAAGAAGACAUCUCAAUUGAUCUACGCAAAUUAGAACUAACUGUUCAUGGAGAAUCUAAACGCAAGCCCACUUAUGAAGCUGCAACUUCACGUGUACGUGAACGCAGAAUCGGAAAAUUUCGUAAAGUUGUCUUUUUACCUCGCGACUGCGAUUUAAAUCAAGAAAAUAUUGAAGCAAAAUUUCAGAAUGGUUUGCUUGAAAUCAAAAUUCCUCGUGGCAGUGCUGAUCAAAGUUCGAGCAAAAUUACUAUAAAAUAA